AUCAUAAUUCAUAAAUUGUUUUAUGUUUUCUUUGUUCGAACUUCGGGUGACGAACUUUUGUGUGUGUUUAAAUUAUUGUUGACCAAAAGAUAAAGUUAUUUUUCUGACGUUUUCUUAAGUAAUUGCGACAAUGGGUGCCGUAUUAGGCCUUUGUUCUGCAGCCCAGCUGGCCUGUUGCUGUGGAAGUGCAGCAUGCUCCUUGUGCUGUUCAGCAUGUCCUUCUUGUGCAAAUUCCACAUCUACACGUCUCAUGUAUACACUUAUGUUACUACUGAUGACAGUGGUUGCAUGUAUCACACUUGCUCCGGGCUUACAUGAUGUUAUGAAAAAGGUGCCAUUCUGUGAAAAUUCAACUGGUAUAAUACCUGGUAACAUUAAAUUUGAUUGCGAUCAAGCUGUUGGAUAUCUUGCCGUUUACAGGAUUUGUUUUGCAACAUGCCUAUUUUUCAUAUUAAUGAUGCUUUUGACAAUGGGUGUCAAAUCUUCUAAGGAUCCUAGAGCUGGUAUACAAAAUGGAUUCUGGGGUAUUAAAUACCUGAUUGUGAUCGCUGGAAUCAUAGGAGCAUUCUUUAUACCGGAAGGUCAAUUUGCAUCGACAUGGAUGGUGUUUGGAAUGAUUGGAGGCUUCUGUUUCAUCAUCAUUCAAUUGAUACUUAUCAUUGAUUUCGCACAUUCCUGGGCUGAGAGAUGGGUUUCGAAUUACGAAGAAAGCCAAUCAAAGGGAUGGUACGCGGCUCUUGUGUUGGGGAUGCUGGUCUGCUAUGCCCUCACCAUCACUGGGAUUACACUUCUCUUUGUCUUCUACACUAAGCCGGAUGGAUGUGACCUAUCCAAAUUCUUCAUAUCAAUCAACCUGAUUCUGAUGGUAAUAGCCAGCGUGGUGUCCAUCCUACCAUCAGUUCAGGAGCACCAACCAGGCUCUGGUCUGCUGCAGUCGUCUGUCGUGUCUCUAUACGUCAUGUAUUUGACCUGGUCUGCCCUUUCCAACUCAGCUGGGGAGUGCAACGCCAGUAUUUCUGCUACAAAUGAGGACCCUAAAGAAGUUUGGACAUCAUUCGACAAGGAGUCUGUGAUUGGAUUAAUAAUAUGGGUGUGCAGCGUGCUGUAUUCAUGCAUACGCACCGCAUCAUCCUCAUCAAAGAUCACCAUGUCGGGACACAUUUUGGCUAAGAAAGAAGGUCUUAUUGAUAAUGAAGAGGGUGAUGGUGGUGAAGCUGGUGAUUCAGAGGAGAAGGUCUACGACAACGAAGUAGAGGACACGGCCUACUCUUGGAGCUUCUUCCAUUUUGUAUUUGCUAUGGCAACGCUUUACGUUAUGAUGACACUCACAAAUUGGUACAAUCCAAGCUCACAACUGUCAAAGCAGAAUGUGGCGUCAAUGUGGAUCAAGAUCACUUCGUCGUGGCUCUGUGUAGGCCUCUACGUUUGGACCCUGGUCGCACCCGCCUUAUUACCAGACAGGGAAUUUAAUUAGACUUCUAACCGACUCAGAGUUGUCUAUUAUCUGUAAUGUAAUUAACUAACCGAUAGGUGAACUUCAAUAUUUCCUUCAUUAACUGUUAAUUAACGAUUCUGAGUACGCUUUUAAGUCAAAGUUAGAGAUUUUUGGAUUACUAUUGAGUCGUCGUUUUAGAUCUAAGUGUCUUCAAACAUUUAAUCAGUACUUGUAAAAAAUAUUAGCUUAGGAAUAUAUUAUUUGUUGAUUUAUCUCAGACAAUCUAAUUAAAAAAUCUCGGAUACAACUAUGAACAAAGCAAUUAAAGGAUUCAAUAAAUAAUUACAUAUUAAAACCCGUAUAAGACGAUUUUACAGAUCACGCAAAAACAAAAAAAAUGGAAAUCGUAUGUAACGGGUAUUCAAUUAAUUAUAAAAUAUUUACACUAUUUCUUCUGUAAUUGAUCUCAAAAUCCCGUAAUUAGAUGUAGUGGCAUAUAGUAAUUGGAUAUUGUAUAUAAUCUCAUUAAAUAUAUAUUAAAA